AAAAAAAAAAAAAAAAGAUUUGUAACUGAUUUCAGUUUGACUCAGUUUAGUUUUAGUUUUACCAGUUUCUUCAUUAGACUCAUUGCACAGUGGAUUUCAGUCAAACUCCACUGAAUGUCAGUUUUGUGUGUGAGACACAUUUCAGACAUUUAUGAUUCAAAUGCCUAAAACAAGUAGAUAAUGCUCAUUUGAUCAAGAUGAUAAAAGUCUCUGAAUUUGCAGUGUUGAAAUGAGCACUUUCCAACUCACUCUAUGAGGCAAGUUAAUUACCCGAUACUAAAACCAAAUAUGUAACAAGAAAACAAAAAUACAGAUCAAUAUCUCAUGUGAAUAUGCAAAAUUCCUCAACAAAAUACCAGUAAACUGAAUCUAACAGCAUAUAAAAAGAGUUACCACCAUGUCAAAUGGGGUUUAUCCCAGAAAUGCAACAUUGGUUUUCCAUCCUAAAAUCAAUUAAUAUAAUACACCAUAUCAUAUCAAGAGAAUAAUAAAUGAAACCACAUAAUCAUCUCAGUAUACACAGAAAAGGCAUUUGACAAAAUUGAACACCUUUUCAUCAUAAAACACCCAGUAAACUGGGAAAAAAGGGAAUUUUUUCAACCUGAUAAAAGGCAUGUAUGGAAAACUGUACCUAACAUUAUACUUAAUAUUAAAAGACUGGAUGAUUUCCCUCUGAAAUCAAGAAUAACACAAGGAGGUCCACUCUUGCCUCAACAUUCUACUAGGGGUUCCACAAAAGCCACUGGAAAAGAAAAAUAAAUAAAAGACUUUUAUAUUGGAAAGGAAGAAGUAAAACUAUCUACUCGCAGGUGACAAGGUCUUGUAUAUAAAAAAUCCUAAGCAAUUUACAAAAAAGAAAACCCUAUGAAAACUAAUAAAUGAGUUCAGCAAGGCUACAGGAUACAAGAUGGGAAUACGAAAAUCAACUGUAUGCAAAAAUCAAUUGUAUUUCUGCACAGUAACAAGAAACAACUUAAAAAGGAAAUUAACAAUUCUAUUUACAAUAACAUCAAAUAGAAUAAAAUGCUCAGGAAUAAACUUAAGAAAAGGACAAGACUUAUACACUGAAAGUUACAAAACAUUGUUGAGAGAAAUGUUAAAAUGCCUAAAUAAAUAGAAAGACAUUAUAUGUUCAGGAAUUAGAAAAUAUCACAUUAUUAAGAUGCCAAACUGAUUUACAGAUUCAACACAAUCCCUAUCAAAAUCACAGCUAUCUUUUUGUAGAAAUUGCUAAACCAAUCCUUAAAUUCAUAUGGAAAUUCAAGGGACUCAGAAUAGCCAAAAUAAUCUUGAAAAAGAACAAAGUUGGAGGAUUCACACUUCCAGAUUUUAAAACUUACUACAACAUAAUCAAGACUGUGUGGUACCAGCAUCUAUAGACGUACAGAUCAGUGGAAUAGAUUUGAGAGUCCAGAAGUAAAACAUUACAUUUAUGUUCAAUUCAUUUUUGACAAAAAUGAUAAGAAAAUUAAAUAAAAGAGAAGUCUUUUCAACAAAUGAUGCUGGGACAACUAGAUAUCCACAUGCAAAAGAAUAAAAUUGGACUGCUACCUCCCAUCAUAUACCAAAACUAACUAAAAUGGAUCAUUUACCUAAAUGUAGGAGCUGAAGCUAUUAAAACUCUUAGAAGAAAACACAGCAGUAAAUCUUCUUGACCUUGGACAAUGAUUUCUUAGAUAUGACACCCAAAUCACAAGAAACAAAAGGAAAAUCAGAUAAGUCUAACUUCACUAAAAUUAAAAAUGUUUGUGCUUCAAAGCACACUAUCAAGGAAAUGAAAAUUCACAAAAUGGGAGAAAAUAUAUGCAAAUCACAUAUCUGAUAAGGAACUUGUAUCUAGGUAUAUAAUUCUUGUAUCUAAAGAAUCCUUAUGGCCUGGCGCAGUGGCUCAUGCCUGUAAUCCCAGCACUUUGGGAGGCCAAGGUGGGUGGAUCACUUGAGGUUAGGAGUUCGAAACCAGCCUGGCCAACAUGAUGAAACCCUGUCUCUACUAAAAAUACAAAAAAAUUAGCUGGGCAUGGUGGCUGGUGCCUGUAAUCUCAGCUUCUUGGGAGUCUGAGGCAGGAGAAUCCCUUGAACCUGGAAGGCAGAGGUUGCAGUGAGCCAAGAUCACACCACUGCACGCCAAAAUGGGUGACAGAGUGAAACUCCAUCUCAAAAAAGAAAAAAAAAGAAAAAAGAAUCCUUAAAACAACUCAACAAGAAAAAAAAAUUUAAUGGGCAAAGGAUUUAAAUAGAGAUUUUUUCUCAAAGAAGGUAUACAGCCAGUUUUUUGCUUUAACAAGAACUGGAAGCCCCACCAGGUUCUCACUGUAAAGACUGGAGAAAAUUUCCUCAUGCAUCCAGCAGGGGGACAGAAAAAGUAACAAAUUUGAAAUAUACCCAGAGCUUUCUGUUCUCCUUAACAAGGCCUGCCCUCAAGGAAAACUGUUUUACCACAGCCUAACCAACUUGAGUUUUACCAAAGCCUAACUAACACCGGGGAAAGGAAAUACCCAACCUCAGCCCCCUCCAGCCUUCCUGUCUCUCUACGGUGGAGUGGGGGGAAGCUGAGAAGCACUUGCCAAGGUCAUAGCCCAAGGACAUAGGCUCAUUAAAAGACUGAGACAUAAUUAUAAGACUAUGUAAUGCUUCCCUUAUCCACCCCAGCCUUCUCACCGCAUCAGUGGGCUCCUGAAUAAUAAUAACAAGGGGUUACAGCUAAAAGAACUGCAAGCCUCAGCCCCUAUUUAAGAAGGAGUCUCUAGGAAAACCCAAAGGCAAAAGGGAAGACAAAAAUAAGGACACUAGGUGUUAGCUUCUGACACCAUGGCUACAAGAAGUAGUAAACACAGCCUGACUCCUAGCCAGAUAAACAUAAAAUCUCACAUUAAAGGCCUAUCUACCUCAGUUCCUUUUACCUGAUACAAAAAAAAAAAAAAAAAAAAAAUUACAAGACAGGCUAAAAGGCAAAAAAAAAAAAAAAAUCUGAAAAUACAAAGCAAGCAUCAGAAUCAGACUUAUAUGGCACAGAUUUUGGGAUUAUCAGGCUGGAAAUUUAAAAUAAGUAUGAUUAUAUGCUAAGGGCUCUAGUGGGAAAACUGGAUAGCAUACAAGAACAGAUGGAUAAUGUAAGCAGAGUAAAGGAAACUCUAAGAGACGAUCAAAAGGAAAUGUUAGAAAUUUAAAAGUGUAAUAGAAAUAAAUAAUGUAUUUGAUGGACUCAUCAGUAGACUGGACGUGGCUGAGGGAAGAAUCAGUGAGCUAGAAGAUAUAUCAAUAGAAAUUUUCCAAACUGAAAAGCAAAGAGAAAAAAGGAAUGGGAAAAAAAAAAAUGAAACAGACUAUCCAAGAACUGUGGGACAAUAGCAAAAGGUGUAACGUACGUGUAAUGGGAAUACCAGAAAAGAAAGAAAGAAAAAGAGAGAGAGAGAGAAAGAGAAAGAAAGAAAGAAAGAAAGAAAGAAAGAAAGAAAGAGAGACUGAAAGAAAGAAAGAGAGAAAGAAGAAAGAGGAAAGAAAAAGAGAAAGAAAGAAAGAAAGAAAGAAAGAAAGAAAGAAAGAAAGAAAGAAAGAGAAAGAAAGAAAGAAAAAGAAAGAAAGAAAGAAGGAGGGAGGGAGGAAAGAAGGAAGGAAGGAAAGAAAGAGAAAGAAAGAAGAGGAAGAAGAGAAGAAGAAGGAGGAGGAGGGAAACGAAGGAAGGAAAGAAGGAAGGAAGGAAGGAAAGAAAGAAAGAGGGAGAGAGGGAGGGAGGAAGGAAGGAAGACAGAGAAGGAAGGGAAGGAAGGAAGGAGAAAAGGAAAGAAAGAGAAAGCAAGCAAGCAAGAAAAUAAAUAUGUAAAGUAAUAAUGACUCAGAAUUUUCUGAAAUUAAUGACAGACAGCAAGCCACAGACCCAGAAAGCCCAAAGAACAACAAGCACAAUAAAUAUUGAAAAAAAUAUAUGCCUGGGCGUAUCAUAUUGAAACUACAAAGAGAAAAUCUUGAAAGAAACCACAGAAGAAGAUAUACAUAUAGUCAAUAAGCAUAUAAAAAGAUGCUCCGCUGGGUGUGGUGGCUCACACCUGUCAUCCCAGCACUUUGGGAGGCCAAGGCAGGUAGAUAACUUGAAGUCAGGAGUUCGAGACCAGCCUGGCCAACAUAGUGAAGCCCCGUCUCUACUAAAAAUACAAAAAAUUUAGCUGGGCAUGGUGGUGCAUGCCUGUAAUCCUAGCUACAUAGGAGGCGGGGUGGGAGGAUUGCUUGAACCUAGGAAGCAGAGGUUGCAGUGAGCUGAGAUUGCACCACUGCACUCCAGCCUGGGUGACAGAGUAAGAUUCUGUCUCAAAAAAAAAAAAAAAAAGAUGCUCAACAUCAUUAGUUAUUAGGGAAAUGGGAAUCAAAACCACAACAAUAUACCACUUUAUACCCAGCUGGGUAACAACAAAAUGACGAACAGUAAAUGAGCAUUCCAGUUUCUCCAUAUCCUUGUCAACAAGUGUUUGACGCUUGUUUGACCGGUAAACGAACCCUCAUUUACUGGUAGUGGAAGUGUAAAAUAGUGCAGCUGCUUUAGCAACAGUUUGGCAAAUUUUCUCAAAUAUUUUCUAAAAAUGUUAAACAUAGAGUUAUAAUCAUACCAGCAAUUCCACUCCUAGUUAUCUACCCAAGAAGAGAAAAGAUGUGUCCACACAAAAAUGUAUAUACAAGUGUUCAUAGCAGCAUUACUUAUAAUAGCCCCAAAGUGGAAACAACCCAAAUGUCCAUCAACUGAUGAAAAGAAAAACAAAAUGUGUUACAUGCAUACAAGGGAAUAUCUUCAGCCAUAUCUUCAGCCAAGAAAUGAAGUACUGAUACAUGCAAUGACAUGGAUGAAUACUGAAAAUAUGCCAAGUGAAAGAGGCCAGAUGCAACAGGCCACAUGUUGUAUGAUUCAAUUUAUAUGAAAUGUCCAGAAUAAGCAAAUUCAUAGAGUUACAAAGUAGAUUAUUGGUUGCCAGGAGCUGAGGGGAGAGCGAAUGAAGUAACUGCUAAUGGGUGUGGGAUUUCUUUUUGGGUGACGAAAAUAUUCUGAAAUGUAAUAGUGGUGAUAUGCACAACUCCAUGAAUAUACUAAAAAUUACUGUGAAUUGUACACUUUAAAAGGAUACACUUUAUGGUAUACAUAGUGUAUCUCAACAAAGCUGUUACUUUAAAAAGUAAUAAAGCCAAAGUAAAAACCUGACUACUUAGAAGUAGUAACAACUACAUAAUCAACAGUAAGGAGAAACAGGGAUGCUCCUAAAGUACAAUAUUCCUAUUGUGAUACAAAUGGAACUGGCAGAAAUUUUGCAAAUGUUUCUCAGAUGUCACUAUAGCAGGAGACCCAUUUAUCAAUGGCCAUCAUGAUAUCUUAGAAAAAUUGCCUUCGACUAAUUAGUUUAUAAUUUAUGUUAUUAAUUUUAUCACUUAUUGUAGUCACUAUUAUACGAUUUACCAACCAACAAGUAUGGAAAUACAGUAUGGCUAUAUUUCAGCCCACAUCUACAUUUCUAUUAAAAGUACAAAUGCACAAAAAAUAUUAAAGUAAAAGGAAAACUGUUGGAUUGAAAAUAUUUUGGGAGAAUUCCCCCCCUCCCAGAUUGUAUAUGAAAUUUUUGACAUUUGAGUCAUUGUACAACAUUUGCAGAGUAAAAUGCAUAAGAAAUUCCCAUUCCCCAAAGUCUCAGAUCCAAAAUAAGGAAAAACUUAGAAUACACUGAACUUUGGCAAGCCAUGGCAAAAUGAUUUCAGAGAAACAGCUGCAAAUAAAUUAAAAGUACAACUAAACUAAACUAAACUCAAAAUUGUCAACUGAUACUUUGUAGAAAUCAUUAAAAGUAGUUAAAAUCAGCCCAACCAUGCAAAUUGUUGUAAACUUCACACAUAAUUAAAAGAAAUGAAAUUUUGGUAAACUGACAAAAUUGGUAAGUUCCAACAAAUUGAUCACUGUGUGAAUUGAAAUCCACAGGACUGGCUUUCCUUACUUCCCAUCCCAGUGGAUAGGAGUCCUUCCUCUUCUCCAUAUUUAAUCUCUCCACCUGUGUUCUAGAUUCCAUUUCCUUCUACUUUCUCUGGCUCUUGCUCUCUGGGAGAGCAUAGGGAGUUUUCUUUUCCUUUCCUAGAGCCUCUACAGGGAGUUGAAGUCCUUCAGAGCCUGGAAAACAUCCUCACUCUUGAAAGAUCCCAAUUCAAACAGUGCUGGACUCUGGCCAUUUUUUUUUUUUUUUAAUACUCCUGCUCACUUCUUCCAGGGCUGGGCUGUACCAAGGAGUUCUAAUGACUUGUGAUUUAUAAGUACUUUGAACUAAGGUUUGGAGCAGUCUGAAACCAAGUACUAAUGCUACCCAGUGCCUCCAGCUCACUAGGAAAGAACGAAGGACUGACAGAACCACUGAAAACUGUCUGCCUCCCAUCCUGUCACUCAGGAUCAUCAUUCACAAGGGAGCCUGAGCUGGAGCCAGGGCCCCAGUGGGACCUGACCCAAAGUCUGAGGUCAAGCUGGGCCCAGAGCCUGGCCUGGAGCUGGAGCCCAAGGCACAACUGGACUACCCUUGUCAUGCAGAAGGAGCUGGGCGUUGUGCCUUCCUGCCCUGGCAUGAAGAGCCCCAGGCCCCGCCUUCUACUACCAUUGCUGCUGCUGCUGCUGCUGCUGCUGGGGGCUGGGGUGCCAGGUGCCUGGGGUCAGGCUGGGAGCCUGGACUUGCAGAUUGAUGAGGAGCAGCCAGCGGGUACACUGAUUGGGGACAUCAGUGCGGGACUUCCGGCAGGCACGGCAGCUCCUCUCAUGUACUUCAUCUCCGCCCAGGAGGGCAGUGGCGUGGGCACAGACCUGGCCAUUGACGAACACAGUGGGGUCGUCCGUACAGCCCGUGUCUUGGACCGUGAGCAGCGGGACCGCUACCGCUUCACUGCAGUCACUCCUGAUGGUGCCACCGUAGAAGUUACAGUGCGAGUGGCUGACAUCAACGACCAUGCUCCAGCCUUCCCGCAGGCUCGGGCUACCCUCCAGGUACCUGAGCAUACAGCUUUUGGCACCCGCUACCCGCUGGAGCCUGCUCGUGAUGCAGAUGCUGGGCGUCUGGGAACCCAGGGCUACGCGCUGUCUGGUGAUGGGGCUGGAGAGACCUUCCGGCUGGAGACACGCCCCGGUCCAGAUGGGGCUCCAGUACCUGAGCUGGUAGUUACUGGGGAACUGGACCGAGAGAACCGCUCACACUAUAUGCUACAGCUAGAGGCCUAUGAUGGUGGUUCACCACCCCGUAGGGCCCAGGCCCUGCUGGACGUGACACUGCUGGACAUCAAUGACCAUGCCCCAGCUUUCAAUCAGAGCCGCUACCAUGCUGUGGUGUCUGAGAGCCUGGCCCCCGGCAGUCCUGUCUUGCAGGUGUUCGCAUCUGAUGCUGAUGCUGGUGUCAAUGGGGCUGUGACUUAUGAGAUCAACCGGAGGCAGAGCGAGGGUGACGGACCCUUCUCCAUCGAUGCACACACGGGGCUGCUGCGGUUAGAGCGGCCACUGGACUUUGAGCAACGGCGGGUCCAUGAACUGGUGGUGCAAGCACGAGAUGGUGGGGCUCACCCUGAGCUGGGCUCAGCCUUUGUAACUGUGCAUGUGCGAGAUGCCAAUGACAAUCAGCCCUCCAUGACUGUCAUCUUUCUCAGUGCAGAUGGCUCCCCCCAGGUGUCUGAGGCUGCCCCACCUGGACAGCUCGUUGCUCGCAUCUCUGUGUCAGACCCAGAUGAUGGUGACUUUGCCCAUGUCAAUGUGUCCCUGGAAGGUGGAGAGGGCCACUUUGCCCUAAGCACCCAAGACAGCGUCAUCUAUCUGGUAUGUGUGGCUCGGCGGCUGGAUCGAGAGGAGAGGGAUGCCUAUAACUUGAGGGUUACAGCCACAGACUCAGGCUCACCUCCACUGCGGGCCGAGGCUGCCUUUGUGCUGCACGUCACUGAUGUCAACGACAAUGCACCUGCCUUUGACCGCCACCUCUACCGACCUGAGCCCCUGCCUGAGGUUGCGCUGCCUGGCAGCUUUGUAGUGCGGGUGACUGCUCGGGAUCCUGACCAAGGCACCAAUGGUCAGGUCACUUAUAGCCUAGUCCCUGGCGCCCACACCCACUGGUUCUCCAUUGACCCCACCUCAGGCAUUAUCACUACGGCUGCCUCACUGGACUAUGAGUUGGAACCUCAGCCACAGCUGACUGUGGUGGCCACAGAUGGUGGCCUGCCCCCUCUAGCCUCCUCUGCCACAGUUAGCGUGGCCCUGCAAGAUGUGAAUGAUAAUGAGCCCCAAUUCCAGAGGACUUUCUACAAUGCCUCGCUGCCUGAGGGCACCCAGCCUGGAACUUGCUUCCUGCAGGUGACAGCCACAGAUGCGGAUAGUGGCCCAUUUGGCCUCCUCUCCUAUUCCUUGGGUGCUGGACUUGGGUCCUCUGGAUCUCCCCCAUUCCGCAUUGAUGCCCACAGUGGUGAUGUGUGCACAACCCAGACCCUGGACCGUGACCAGGGGCCCUCAAGUUUUGACUUCACAGUGACAGCUGUGGAUGGGGGAGGCCUCAAGUCCAUGGUAUAUGUGAAGGUGUUUCUGUCAGACGAGAAUGACAACCCUCCUCAGUUUUAUCCACGGGAGUAUGCUGCCAGUAUAAGUGCCCAGAGUCCACCAGGCACAGCUGUGCUGAGGUUGCGUGCCCAUGACCCUGACCAGGGAUCCCAUGGGCGACUCUCCUACCAUAUCCUGGCUGGCAAUAGCCCCCCACUUUUUGCCUUGGAUGAGCAAUCAGGGCUGUUGACAGUAGCCUGGCCCUUGGCCAGACGGGCCAACUCGGUGGUGCAGCUGGAGAUCGGGGCUCAGGAUGGAGGUGGCCUACAGGCAGAACCCAGUGCCCGAGUGAACAUCAGCAUUGUGCCUGGAACCCCCACACCACCCAUAUUUGAGCAACUACAGUAUGUUUUUUCUGUGCCAGAGGAUGUGGCACCAGGCACCAGUGUGGGCAUAGUCCAGGCACACAACCCACCAGGUCGCUUGGCACCUGUGACCCUUUCCCUAUCAGGCGGGGAUCCCCGAGGACUCUUCUCCCUAGAUGCGGUUUCAGGACUGUUGCAAACACUUCGCCCUCUGGACCGGGAGUUACUGGGACCAGUGUUGGAGCUAGAGGUGCGAGCAGGCAGUGGAAUGCCCCCAGCUUUCGCUAUAGCUCGGGUGCGUGUGCUGCUGGAUGAUGUGAAUGACAACUCCCCUGCCUUUCCUGCACCUGAAGACACGGUAUUGCUACCACCAAACACUGCCCCAGGGACUCCCAUCUAUACACUGCGGGCUCUUGACCCCGACUCAGGUGUUAACAGUCGAGUCACCUUUACCCUGCUUGCUGGGGGUGGUGGAGCCUUCACCGUGGACCCCACCGCAGGCCAUGUACGGCUUAUGAGGCCUCUGGGGCCCUCAGGAGGGCCAGCCCAUGAGCUGGAGCUGGAGGCCCGGGAUGGGGGCUCCCCGCCACGCACCAGCCACUUUCGACUACGGGUGGUGGUACAGGAUGCGGGAACCCGUGGGCUGGCUCCCCGAUUCAACAGCCCUACCUACCGUGUGGACCUGCCCUCAGGCACCACCGCUGGAACUCAGGUCCUGCAAGUGCAGGCCCAAGCACCAGAUGGGGGCCCUAUCACCUAUCACCUUGCAGCAGAGGGAGCAAGUAGCCCCUUUGGCCUGGAGCCACAGAGUGGGUGGCUAUGGGUGCGGGCAGCGCUGGACCGUGAGGCCCAGGAGUUGUACGUACUGAAGGUAAUGGCAGUGUCUGGGUCCAAAGCUGAGUUGGGGCAGCAGACAGGCACAGCCACCGUGAGGAUCAGCAUCCUCAACCAGAAUGAACACAGUCCCCGCUUAUCUGAGGAUCCCACCUUCCUGGCUGUGGCUGAGAACCAGCCCCCAGGGACCAGCGUGGGCCGAGUCUUUGCCACUGACCGAGACUCGGGACCCAAUGGACGUCUGACCUACAGCCUGCAACAGCUGUCUGAAGACAGCAAGGCCUUCCGCAUCCACCCCCAGACUGGAGAAGUGACCACACUCCAAACCCUGGACCGUGAGCAGCAGAGCAGCUAUCAGCUCCUGGUGCAGGUGCAGGAUGGAGGGAGCCCACCCCGCAGCACCACAGGCACUGUGCAUGUUGCAGUGCUUGACCUCAACGACAACAGCCCCACCUUCCUGCAGGCUUCAGGAGCUGCUGGUGGCGGCCUCCCUAUACAGGUACCAGACCGCGUGCCUCCAGGAACACUGGUGACGACUCUGCAGGCGAAGGAUCCAGAUGAGGGGGAGAAUGGGACCAUCUUGUACACGCUAACUGGUCCUGGCUCAGAGCUUUUCUCUCUGCACCCUCACUCAGGGGAGCUGCUCACUGCAGCUCCCCUGAUCCGAGCAGAGCGGCCCCACUAUGUGCUGACACUGAGUGCUCAUGACCAAGGCAGCCCUCCUCGAAGUGCCAGCCUCCAGCUGCUGGUGCAGGUGCUUCCCUCAGCCCGCUUGGCCGAGCCGCCCCCAGAUCUCGCAGAGCGGGACCCAGCGGCACCAGUGCCUGUCGUGCUGACGGUGACAGCAGCUGAGGGACUGCGGCCCGGCUCUCUGUUGGGCUCGGUGGCACCGCCAGAGCCCGCGGGUGUGAGCGCACUCACCUACACACUGGUGGGCGGUGCCGAUCCCGAGGGCACCUUCGCACUGGACGCGGCCUCAGGGCGCUUGUACCUGGCGCGGCCCCUGGACUUCGAAGCGGGCCCGCCGUGGCGCGCGCUCACGGUACGCGCUGAGGGGCCGGGAGGCGCGGGCGCGCGGCUGCUGCGAGUGCAGGUGCGAGUGCAGGACGAGAAUGAGCAUGCGCCCGCCUUCGCGCGCGACCCGCUGGCGCUGGCGCUGCCCGAGAACCCGGAGCCCAGCGCAGCGCUGUACACUUUCCGCGCGUCGGACGCCGACGGCCCCGGCCCCAAUAGCGACGUGCGCUACCGCCUGCUGCGCCAGGAGCCCCCUGUGCCGGCGCUUCGCCUGGACGCGCGCACCGGGGCGCUCAGCGCUCCGCGCGGCCUAGACCGAGAGACCACUCCCGCGCUGCUGCUGCUGGUGGAAGCCACCGACCGGCCAGCCAACGCCAGCCGCCGUCGUGCAGCGCGCGUUUCUGCGCGCGUCUUCGUCACGGAUGAGAAUGACAACGCGCCUGUCUUCGCCUCGCCCUCACGCGUGCGCCUCCCAGAGGACCAGCCGCCUGGGCCCGCGGCGCUGCACGUGGUAGCCCGGGACCCGGACCUGGGCGAGGCUGCACGCGUGUCCUAUUGGCUGGCAUCUGGCGGGGACGGCCACUUCCGGCUGCACUCAAGCACUGGAGCGCUGUCCGUGGUGCGGCCGUUGGACCGCGAACAACGAGCUGAGCACGUACUGACAGUGGUGGCCUCAGACCACGGCUCCCCGCCGCGCUCGGCCACGCAGGUCCUGACCGUCAGUGUCGCUGACGUCAACGACGAGGCGCCUACUUUCCAGCAGCAGGAGUACAGCGUCCUGUUGCGUGAGAACAGCCCACCUGGCACAUCUCUGCUCACCCUGCGAGCAACUGACCCCGACGUGGGGGCCAACGGGCAAGUGACCUAUGGAGGCGUCUCUAGCGAAAGCUUUUCUCUGGAUCCUGACACUGGUGUUCUCACGACUCUUCGGGCCCUGGAUCGAGAGGAGCAGGAGGAGAUCAACCUGACAGUGUAUGCCCAGGACAGGGGCUCACCUCCUCAGUUAACGCAUGUCACCGUUCGAGUGGCUGUGGAGGAUGAGAAUGACCAUGCACCAACCUUUGGGAGUGCCCGUCUCUCUCUGGAGGUGCCUGAGGGCCAGGACCCCCAGACCCUUACCAUGCUUCGGGCCUCUGAUCCAGAUGUGGGAGCCAAUGGGCAGUUGCAGUACCGCAUCCUAGAUGGGGACCCAUCAGGAGCCUUUGUCCUAGACCUGACUUCUGGAGAGUUUGGCACCAUGCGGCCACUAGACAGAGAAGUGGAGCCAGCUUUCCAGCUGAGGAUAGAGGCCCGGGAUGGAGGCCAGCCAGCUCUCAGUGCCACGCUGCUUUUGACAGUGACAGUGCUGGAUGCCAAUGACCAUGCUCCAGCCUUUCCUGUGCCUGCCUACUCGGUGGAGGUGCCGGAGGAUGUGCCUGCAGGGACCCUGCUGCUGCAGCUACAGGCUCAUGACCCUGAUGCUGGAGCCAAUGGCCAUGUGACCUACUAUCUGGGUGCCGGUACAGCAGGAGCCUUCCUGCUGGAGCCCAGCUCUGGAGAACUGCGCACAGCUACAGCCUUGGACAGAGAACAGUGUCCCAGCUAUACCUUUUCUGUGAGUGCAGUGGAUGGUGCAGCUGCUGGGCCCCUAAGCACCACAGUGUCUGUCACCAUCACGGUGCGCGAUGUCAAUGACCAUGCACCCACCUUCCCCACCAGUCCUCUGCGCCUACGCCUGCCCCGCCCAGGCCCCAGCUUCAGUACCCCAACCCUGGCUCUGGCCACACUGAGAGCUGAAGAUCGCGAUGCUGGUGCCAAUGCUUCCAUUCUGUACCGGCUGGCAGGCACACCACCUCCUGGCACUACUGUGGACUCCUACACUGGUGAAAUCCGUGUGGCCCGCUCUCCUGUAGCUCUAGGCCCCCGGGGUCGUGUCCUCUUCAUUGUGGCCACUGAUCUUGGCCGUCCAGCUCGCUCUGCCACUGGUGUGAUCAUUGUUGGACUGCAGGGGGAAGCCGAGCGUGGACCCCGCUUUCCCCGGGCUAGCAGUGAGGCUAUAAUUCGUGAGAAUGCGCCCCCAGGGACUCCUAUUGUCUCCCCCAGGGCCGUCCAUGCAGGAGGCACAAAUGGACCCAUCACCUACAGCAUUCUCAGUGGGAAUGAGAAAGGGACGUUCUCCAUCCAGCCUAGUACAGGUGCCAUCACAGUUCGCUCAGCAGAGGGGCUGGACUUCGAGGUGAGUCCACGGCUGCGACUGGUGCUUCAGGCAGAGAGUGGAGGAGCCUUUGCCUUCACUGUGCUGACCCUGACCCUGCAAGAUGCCAACGACAAUGCUCCCCGUUUCCUGCGGCCCCAUUAUGUGGCCUUCCUUCCUGAGUCCCGGCCCUUGGAGGGGCCCCUGCUGCAGGUGGAGGCGGAUGACCUGGAUCAAGGCUCUGGAGGACAGAUUUCCUACAGUCUGGCUGCAUCCCAGCCAGCACGUGGAUUGUUCCACGUAGACCCAACCACAGGCACUAUCACUACCACAGCCAUCCUGGACCGUGAGAUCUGGGCUGAAACACGGUUGGUACUGAUGGCCACAGACAGAGGGAGCCCAGCCCUGGUGGGAUCAGCUACCUUGACGGUGAUGGUCAUCGACACCAAUGACAAUCGCCCCACCAUCCCCCAACCCUGGGAGCUCCGAGUGUCAGAAGAUGCGUUAUUGGGCUCAGAGAUUGCACAGGUAACAGGGAAUGAUGUGGACUCAGGACCCGUGCUAUGGUAUAUGCUAAGCCCAUCUGGGCCCCAGGAUCCCUUCAGUGUUGGCCGCUAUGGAGGCCGUGUCUCCCUCACGGGGCCCCUGGACUUUGAGCAGUGUGACCGCUACCAGCUGCAGCUGCUGGCACAUGAUGGGCCUCAUGAGGGCCGUGCCAACCUCACAGUGCUUGUGGAGGAUGUCAAUGACAAUGCACCUGCCUUCUCACAGAGCCUCUACCAGGUAAUGCUGCUUGAGCACACACCACCAGGCAGUGCCAUUCUCUCCGUCUCUGCCACUGAUCGGGACUCAGGUGCCAACGGUCACAUCUCCUACCACCUGGCUUCCCCUGCCAAUGGCUUCAGUGUUGACCCCAACAAUGGGACCCUGUUCACAAUAGUGGGAACGGUGGCCUUGGGCCAUGACGAGUCAGGAGCAGUGGAUGUGGUGCUGGAAGCACGAGACCACGGGGCUCCAGGCCGGGCAGCACGAGCCACAGUGCAUGUGCAGCUGCAGGACCAGAACGACCACGCCCCGAGCUUCACAUUGCCACACUACCGUGUGGCUGUGACUGAGGACCUGCCCCCUGGCUCCACUCUGCUCACCCUGGAGGCUACAGAUGCUGAUGGAAGCCGCACCCAUGCCGCUGUGGACUACAGCAUCAUCAGUGGCAACUGGGGCCGAGUCUUCCAGCUGGAACCCAGGCUGGCUGAGGCUGGGGAGAGUGCUGGACCAGGCCCCCGGGCACUGGGCUGCCUGGUGUUGCUUGAACCUCUAGACUUUGAAAGCCUGACACAGUACAAUCUAACAGUGGCUGCAGCUGACCGUGGGCAGCCACCCCAAAGCUCAGUCGUGCCAGUCACUGUCACUGUACUAGAUGUCAAUGACAACCCACCUGUCUUUACCCGAGCAUCCUACCGUGUGGCAGUACCUGAGGACACACCUGUUGGAGCUGAGCUGCUGCAGGUAGAGGCCUCUGACGCUGACCCUGGCCCUCAUGGCCUCGUGCGUUUCACUGUCAGCUCAGGCGACCCAUCAGGGCUCUUUGAGCUGGAUGAGAGCUCAGGCACCUUGCGACUGGCCCAUGCCCUGGACUGUGAGACCCAGGCUCGACAUCAGCUUGUAGUACAGGCUGCUGACCCUGCUGGUGCACACUUUGCUUUGGCACCAGUGACAAUUGAGGUCCAGGAUGUGAAUGAUCAUGGCCCAGCCUUCCCACUGAACUUACUCAGCACCAGCCUGGCCGAGAAUCAGCCUCCAGGCACUCUCGUGACCACUCUGCAUGCAAUCGACGGGGAUGCUGGGGCUUUUGGGAGGCUCCGUUACAGCCUGUUGGAGACUGGGCCAGGGCCUGAGGGCCGUGAGGCAUUUGCACUGAACAGCUCAACAGGGGAGUUGCGUGCACGAGUGCCCUUUGACUAUGAGCACACAGAAAGCUUCCGGCUGCUGGUGGGUGCUGCCGAUGCUGGGAACCUCUCAGCCUCUGUCACUGUGUCGGUGCUGGUGACUGGAGAGGAUGAGUAUGACCCUGUAUUUCUGGCACCAGCUUUCCACUUCCAAGUGCCAGAAGGUGCCCGGCGUGGUCACAGCUUGGGUCAUGUGCAGGCCACAGAUGAGGAUGGGGGUGCCGAUGGCCUGGUUCUGUAUUCCCUUGCCACCUCUUCCCCCUAUUUUGGUAUUAACCAGACUACAGGUGCCCUGUACCUACGGGUGGACAGUCGGGCACCAGGCAGUGGAACAGCCACCUCUGGGGGUGGGGGCCGGACCCGGCGGGAAGCACCACGGGAGCUGAGGCUGGAGGUGAUAGCGCGGGGGCCUCUGCCUGGUUCCCGGAGUGCCACAGUGCCUGUGACCGUGGAUAUCACCCACACCGCACUGGGCCUGGCACCUGACCUCAACCUGCUAUUAGUAGGGGCCGUGGCAGCCUCCUUGGGAGUUGUGGUGGUGCUUGCACUGGCAGCCCUGGUCCUAGGACUUGUUCGGGCCCGUAGCCGCAAGGCUGAGGCAGCCCCUGGCCCAAUGUCACAGGCGGCAACCCUUGCCAGUGGCUCACUGCAGAAACUGGGCCGGGAGCCACCUAGUCCACCACCCUCGGAGCACCUCUAUCACCAGACUCUUCCCAGCUAUGGUGGGCCAGGAGCUGGAGGACCCUACCCCCGUGGUGGUUCCUUGGACCCUUCACAUUCAAGUGGCCGAGGAUCAGCAGAGGCUGCAGAGGAUGAUGAGAUCCGCAUGAUCAAUGAGUUCCCCCGUGUGGCCAGUGUGGCCUCCUCUCUGGCUGCCCGUGGCCCUGACUCAGGCAUCCAGCAGGAUGCAGAUGGACUGAGUGACACAUCCUGCGAGCCACCUGCCCCUGACACCUGGUAUAAGGGCCGAAAGGCAGGGCUGCUGCUGCCAGGUGCAGGAGCCACUCUCUACCGAGAGGAGGGGCCCCCAGCCACUGCCACAGCCUUCCUGGGGGGCUGUGGCCUAAGCCCUGCACCCACUGGGGACUAUGGCUUCCCAGCAGAUGGCAAGCCAUGUGUGGCAGGUGCGCUGACAGCCAUUGUGGCCGGCGAGGAGGAGCUCCGUGGCAGCUAUAACUGGGACUACCUGCUGAGCUGGUGCCCUCAGUUCCAACCACUGGCCAGUGUCUUCACAGAGAUCGCUCGGCUCAAGGAUGAAGCUCGGCCAUGUCCCCCAGCUCCCCGUAUCGACCCACCACCCCUCAUCACUGCCGUGGCCCACCCAGGAGCCAAGUCUGUGCCCCCCAAGCCAGCAAACACAGCUGCAGCCCGGGCCAUCUUCCCACCAGCUUCUCACCGCUCCCCCAUCAGCCAUGAAGGCUCCCUGUCCUCAGCUGCCAUGUCCCCCAGCUUCUCGCCCUCUCUGUCUCCUCUGGCUGCUCGCUCACCUGUUGUCUCACCGUUUGGGGUGGCCCAGGGUCCCUCAGCCUCGGCACUCAGUGCAGAGUCUGGCCUGGAGCCACCUGAUGACACAGAGUUGCACAUCUAGCUGUGGCCCAGGCUGGGCCCCGACCUGGGAUGCGCACAGUGUCCCCAAUGCAGGCCCCACUCUGAGCCUGCCCUGGGCAGCCUCGGACUAUGACUGGCUACGGGGAGGCCACCACCAGGCCCCAGCUCUCCACCCUGAACUCCCCAGCCCCCUCAGAGCACUAGGACCACAGAAGCCCUGUUGGUCACUGACCUGUGACCAGGUCCAAUGUGGGGAGAAAUAUGAAGGAGGUAGCAGCCCUGGGUUCUCCUCAGUGAGGGCUCCCUGCCCUGCACCAGCACCCUGAGAUGGAGCUGAGACUUUAUUUAUUGGGGGUAAGGGGAUGGAGGAGGUCCCUCCAACAUGUUUGGACCCAGCUCCUUUGGGUUCCACUGACACCCCUGCCCCUGCCCAGAACCAAGUGCCAAUUCUCACUCUGGAGCCUUAAUAAACUGCAAUUUGUA